AUGCCUCAUGCCCUUUUCGUCUACCCGACAGUCCCGAUGACGCUGAACAACAUCGAUGAGAUACAGAUCGGCUACAGAACCGUCUGGGGCAGUGUGAACCUCACAGUGUUCUGUGAAAUGGGUGAAGCUUCGAAUGAAUUCUCAUUAGCAAGGAUAAAUAAAUUGCAAUCCAAUGGCACCUAUGCGAUUGCGCCCAUUCAAGCAGGGAUGGAGAUACCUUAUUUCCCUUCCCAUUGCAACUUCGUUCUCUGCAAUGCAGAGAACAAUACGGACUAUACCACUGGUGCAGGCUUCACGAUGGUCAGCACCAAGGGACCAGCUACGACCUACGCCCUCGCCGUUACACAAGCGGCUACUGCUUCACCAUCGGCAGGUAAUUCGCCCACAUCGACAGUAAGCCAUACAGAGUCGAUUACGACGGGCGCUGCUGUUGUAACCUCUUCGACACCCGAUCAGACUGCUGCGCCCGCUAGCAAUCAUUCCGACGGCCUGAGCAGUGGCGGCAAAGCUGGCAUCGCCAUCGGCGUCAUACUUGGUGUCGCUCUGAUCGCCGCGAUUUUCUUCUACUUCCGAAUGAAACGGCGAAUCGACAGGUUAGAGAGCAUGAUUACCUUGAGAAGUGCGACAUCUUCAGUCGAUCGAACGCCGUCUGAAAAAGGUACCACGGCUGGGGCGGUAGCAACGCCUGCGGUCACGGCAGCCUCACCAUCACCUUCACCAGAUGGCUGUGGCCCUCGGAUUGAAGUCUUCAAGAUCGGUGAUAAUCGGAAUUCGGAAGACUGGAGACGCUUUUUCGGCAACGCCAAAGGCCAGAAGCCAGUGAUCCCCUCCUGA